GGGCAGGAUCUUGAAAUGGAGAACGGUAAUGGAAGCACCUUGCAACUACUGUUUCAAAGGCUUGUAGCAUUGAUCUGUGAUAUCUUGCAAAGGGUGUUUUUCAUGGUGCUCUCAGUAGGUCCCAUCCCCAACCAUAUUGCCUUCAUUAUGGAUGGGAACCGAAGGUAUGCUAAGAGCAGAAAACUAGGUCCAGGUGCUGGUCACAAGGCUGGGUUUUCAUCCCUCAUCCGCAUUCUUGAAUGUUGUUAUAAGUCAGGGGUGAAGUAUGUAACUGUCUAUGCUUUCAGUAUAGACAACUUCAAAAGAGACCCUAGUGAAGUUCAGUCCAUUAUGGAUUUGAUGCUGGAAAAAAUUGAUGAGUUGCUUAGGGAAGAAAGCAUUGUGAAUGGUCAUGGGAUUAGAAUUAAUUUCUUUGGGGAUUUGAAGCUCUUAAGUGAGUCUGUGAGGAUGGCAGCUGAGAAGACAAUGGCAGUGACUGCCAAGAACACCAACGUAGUGCUCUCAGUUUGUGUUGCUUAUACUUCUACUAAUGAAAUUGUCCAUGCUGUUCAAGAAUCAUGCAAAGAAAAAUUGGCACGAGCUCAAGUAUAUUCAAAUUUGAAUGGUGAAAUAAGAGAUUCUUUCAGAGGAUACACAGAACCUUCAGAGGAAGAGUAUUCCAUUACUUCGGAAGAUUUGGCGAGGCACAUGUAUUCAGCGGAGUUUCCAGAUCCUGACCUCUUGAUACGCACGUCUGGGGAAGCUCGCUUGAGCAAUUUCCUCCUUUGGCAUACUACUUUCUGCUACCUGCAUGUUCUAGAUGUUCUUUGGCCAGAGAUCUCACCUUGGUGGCUUGGAUGGGUGAUCUUGCAUUACCAAAGAGUAAAGCCUUACAUAGAUAAAAAGAAAGCAGCAUUAUAACUUC